GCUGCACCGUUGCGUAUCACAAAGCUGUCAUCUCUCAGCAUCCUUUCAAAACUGAUUCACUUUGCGUGAGUUAAUGGGCUGAUCUAGGCUUCACUGGCGUUUUAAGCUUAAUAAAUGUUCCCUGUAUUGAUGUUUCAGACAGUGGUGUUCCAGCUCGGGUUGACGCAGAUAAAGUUGCCCAGAUCAGGUUGGAAAAGCCCCUCUACUUUGGCUUUCUGGUUCUCAUGGGCAGUGUGCUGGCCUUGUCAUCUCGCCCAGGGCGUCAGAACUCCCCCUUCCCCCAGGACAGGCCCCCUUCGCGCUGGGACAAGAGGGAUGGACGGCUCCCAAACCCAGGCAGUUUUGACGGCCUCCACCGUAACUGCAAAGAUGUGUUUCCACAGCAGGUUGAAGGAGUAAAAAUGAUCAUAAACAAAACACUCAGCAGCUUUUUCAAGGUCAGCCAUACGUUUCACCUCAGUGCUGUUGCCCCAUCAAAUUACCGCUUCCACGUUGAAUACCUGCAGUCAGACAUUGACAGUAAAGAAACAAGCUCACCUAUGCUUAUUGGGGAAAUGGACUCUUCUGGCAGCCUGAACGCGCACUCUCUGUUCCACCUGACUGAGAGAAUAAGAGCCAAAGCGGUAUUUCAGACUCAGCAGUCCCAGUUUGUCACGUGGCAGUUUGAGACGGAGUACAGGGGCAGUGACUUUACGGCAGCUGUCACUAUGGCCAACCCCGACGUCCUUAGAGAAUCGGUUAUCAUGGUGGCGCACUUCCUCCAGAGUGUCUCUCCACAGCUGGUUCUUGGUGGGGAGUUGGUGUACCACAGAGGGCGAGCCGAAGAAGGUGGUAUCCUCACCCUUGCUGGCCAAUACUCAGGGCCCAACUGGGUGGCCACUGUAAAUGCAGGUAAAGGAGGUGCCCAUGCAAGCUAUUAUCAUAGAGCCAACAAGCAGAUCCAAGUCGGAGUGGAGUUUGAGGCCAGCACCAGAACCCAGGAGACCACGUUCUCCUUUGGUUACCAAAUGGAGUUACCUGAAGCCAAUAUGACCUUCAGAGGUAUGUUGGACAGCCGGUGCAUCAUUGGAGGCGUUCUUGAAAAGCGUCUCUGUCCGCUUCCUGCCACCUUAAUCAUGGGCGCCUUCGUCAACCAUAGAGGAGACAAGCUGCAGGUGGGCCUGGGGGUAAACGUGGGCUAAAUCUCAGCAUCUGACCGCGUCCUGUGCUGCGCCAGAACGUUCCUCCAGAAACCUCCUCUCAGGUCUGUCCAGAGACUUGGGCGCAUCACAGAUUAUGGCUAAAUCUAAGCCCCAUUGGCCCUUCUGGACUUCUAUAUCUUUUCAUGGCAUGCAGGAACAGAUGGAACGUUUCCAUUCCCAGUGGAAUAACAGCAGCAAUCCAAACACUUCCAUGUUGGUGCUGACCUUGAUUAUGAUUGACAGUUUUGUCACUCACACCUUGAAGACUUCUUGAGUUCAGUGACCCUGAAACACACUGAACAGUGAAUUUCUAAAACACAGUAAGAGAAUAUUUAUGGACCUUUUGCGGGAACAAGAAGAACCACAUAAUACAUGCAUACUUUUCCCAUGUAGCUUUGGUAGUUUUGGACUAGAUCUGGAGCAAAAGAAGAAGGUUCCACAUUUAGUCUUGGACUAAAUAUAGAAAUAAGAAAUAAGCUUAAUCCAAACACAUUCUGUUAAGUCUUUAUGUAUGCUAUGCUAGGAAGGAAUAUUUGCACGCAAAUAACUUGUUUAUGUUCUGGAAUCGAUAUUAUAGGAUCUUAUGGUCCUUUAACUUGAGAUUAUUUUGCACUGUACAUUUAAAAUGUACAAAGAACCAAGAUGGUCAAUGUAUGUUAUUGAUGAAAACUCAGCAAUGACAACUAAAAUGAUUAGACCAUUAUAGUAUAUGGUAAAGAUAAGUCAUAAAUUAGACUUCAAGCAUCAAAAGUCAUAAAGAAGUUAAAUUUGAAGUUGAGACAUGGCAGCUUUCCAUUCUUCUCAAGUGAAUCAUAAAUAACUUAAUUAUUUUUUCGUUCAUGUCUUUGUUGGGUUUAUGGCCAGUCAUGCCAGUUUAUUCUGAAGAAUAAACAAGAACAUGGUAUAUGCCUUGCUUUACAUUAAGACAGUCUUGAAGGUCACUUCUCAGUUAGAAAGGAAUAUUUAUUCAGUCAUCUUGUUGCAAUUCUUUGAAGAAUAGGAUUUAAGGGAAGUGAGAUGUUACAGGCUGGUUCUGAGGCAGAAUAUCAAAAAAUCAGGAAAUCUUUAUAUCAAAGAAAUCAGGAUAGCCAUAUGAAUGAAUUUUAACAUGCACUGAUCAUUGUGUUUAUUUAUGUAUUUAUUUAUUUAAGCUGCGUUUUUUUUACCCGCACUUUUUGUAGCGCUGCUGUUGGCUAGCGUUUGCGUCACUUGACCAUUUCACCAUGACCAGCCUGUCCCAAAGUGUGGCGCUACUUUGUGAUGUGCUUGUUCAACUGAGAUUUUAUUUUAACUUAAUAAAAUUAAAAUAUUUAUUUCUAU